GAUACAGACUCUGAGGAUCAUUCAAGCUGUUUGAAUCCCACUUCACAUCAUGAGUGGACCGACAAAUGUUCAGUACCAGUCAGGUCUUUAUGGAGGAAACAACAACAGCAGCUCCCCUCUCUCCAGCCGUGGAAAUUCGCCCAUCGUGUGUGAGCGCUGUGGGGAGGUGUGUCGCGGGGAGGUGGUGCGUGUCAAGAACACACAUUUCCAUGUUCACUGCUUCACCUGCCAAGUGUGUGGCUGUGAUCUGGUGCACUCGGGUUUCUUUCACCACUCAGGUGAGUACAUCUGUACGGAGGACUACCAGCGGCUCUACGGGACCCAGUGUGACAGCUGUGACCAGUACAUCACUGGGGAGGUGGUGUCUGCCCUGGGGAGGACAUACCACCCACAUUGCUUUGUCUGCAGCAUUUGCAGGGGUCCGUUCCCAAUUGGAGACAGGGUGACCUUCUGUGGGAAGAAGUGUGUGUGUCAGCAGUGCUCACACACUCUGAAAAGCGACAAGCCCGUCAAGGUCCACGGGCCAAGCUACUGCGCAGGCUGUGGCGAGGAGAUCAAACAGGGUCAGUCUCUGCUGGCUCUGGAGAGACAGUGGCACGUCAGUUGCUUUAAAUGCCGAACGUGUGGCUGUGCGCUCACUGGAGAGUACAUCAGCAAGGAUGGGAAACCUUACUGUGAGACUGACUACCACACUCAGUUUGGCAUCAGGUGUGACAGCUGUAACAGGUACAUCAGCGGCAGAGUACUUGAGGCUGGAGGGAAGCGCUACCACCCCACCUGUGCCAGGUGUGCUCGUUGUCACAUGAUGUUCCUGGAAGGAGAGGAAAUGUACCUUACAGGUUCAGAGGUUUGGCACCCCAUGUGUAAAGAAGCAGCUCGGCUGGAGAGAAAACUGAGGCUGAGACGCACCUCUGAGACAGCAUCUAUUUCUCCUCCGGGCUCCUCUCCUCUUCUCGGCUCCCCUCACCGCCUCAUUUGCUCUAAAGCUGAUGGUGAUGGUUUGGACUAUAAGCAGCUGGCGGCUCUGCCCCGGGUCAAAGCCAUAUACGACAUCCAGAGGCCUGACAUCAUCCCUUAUCAGGCCGACCAUGCACACACACACCUCUCAGAUGACACUUUGGAGCGGUACAGCUGUGGACAGUCUUUGAGCUCCCUUUCGCCAUACUCACACGAUCUCUUGGACGGCGUGGAGCUGAGAACGAGGCGUUCCUCCAGCUCUGCAUUCACUGACUCUCCUGCACACAGUCGCCACGGAGGCUCCCCACUGCAUUAUUAUCUCCCCGGCAGUGAGAGUGGCAGGAGUUCACCCUAUUACAGUCAGCCAGAGCCCAGGUGUGCCACACCCACCACCAACACCUUCCAAGCCCCCAAGCAUUUCCAUGUGCCAGCUUCUGAGGAAACCAACAUCUACAGGAAACCCCCCAUCUAUAAACGACAAGAAUUAUCUGCCUCUCCGACAGCCAAUAAGAGUAAAACCAAUGAGAACCUCUUCAAUUCCAGUCGCCUCUCCACCUCCAACUGCAACAGCAUUUAUCACCCAGACUCCAACUACUACCCGUAUACAGGCUCUCCAAAGGUCUCCAGGGUGAGGAGGUUUUCGUCUGGAGGAGAGGAGGAUGGAUGGAACCACAAUAUAAACAAGGGAAUUGGCAGGAUGAUCCUGAAGGAGGAGAUGAAAGCGCGGUCAGGUUGUCACGACAAUGACCAGUGGGGGAGCAGACGCAGUUCCCGCUGUAGCAGUAGGGAGGCGCUGAACAAUUUGGGAUACAGCUCCCUUAAUGGCUCUCCCAGGUCCGUCUACAGUGCAGACAGCGACUCAUACAUUGCAAAAUCAUCCUCGUUGCCAGGCUACGGCAGAAAUGGAAUAAACAGGCCUGGGAGUGCGGGUGCAGAUUAUUACCAGUAUGACAGCAGCAAUGCAGUUAAUUGGCAGAUCAGAGAAUACAAGAUCUACCCCUAUGAAGCCCUGAUAGUGUCGGUCAGAGGGCAGCAGCGUCUUCCGAGUGACGUGGACCGAGCCAGACUGGAGCGUCACCUCUCACCAGAGGAGUUCUACAGAGUCUUUGGCAUGUCCAUGUCCGCCUUUGAUCGUCUCGCUCAGUGGAAGAAAAACGAACUAAAGAAACAGGUCCGACUCUUUUGAAAAGCAGAACUGUCUAACCAAACGCAGGUCCACUGUCAACAGUGUGCUCUGAAAAGUAGCCUUGGGGAGGCCUGCUGACCCAGACUGACUCCGUGUCACAGAGGAAGAGGAGCUGGCAGAUAAAAAAGUCUUUUCUCCUUUGAGGUGGUAAGAGCAGAACUGUUGGCCUCCUGAUCUUAUGUAUACUUGAAUUUGUUAAGCAUUAUAUGAAGCCAACCAAGUGGCCAAAAGGGGAAAAAACUGGAACGAGAGGAAGGAGAACUGGAAGGAGAUCAUGAAGACUUUGAGAGGCAGCAGAUGACGCUGGGGACGCAACAGACAGAAAGUUUAUGAGUCAAGGACUUGGCUGCGUCUCCAUCUCCUCCCAGCAGAUGGCAGUGUGUUAACAGGAGCACCAGGGAUGCAGUCUGAUACAGGACCAGGACAGGUGGACUGUACGCUGAAGUACUGAAGGUCAGUCACACUCCGCCAAACUUGAAUUCGUACUGAAAAUUAGGGAGACAGUUUUGGAUGUGAAUAGGCUGCCUGGAAGACAGAAGUAUCCAGUUUUUAUCACACAGACACUAUCGUCAUCAGUGACUCAUGAACUGAUGAAAAAAGUGUGACUUUCAUUAGCAUUAGGGGUUAUUGAACGAGACACACGUGAUUUUAUAAAGU